CUCCCAUCAACAAACUACAAAAUUGUGGUCCCACAAGCAUUUCAUAUCAGCCGUCCAAAGGCUAAAACACACCACAUGGGGCUGAAUUACGCGACGCUCUGCACCUCAAAGUCAGCAUACGGAGCUGAGCGAGUGUCGUCUGUUUCAGUCAAAUGGCGUCGUUUUUGCACCUCCCUGCCAUUUUCACACUUCCCUCUCCUCUGCGCGGAGCUUCCUUCCCAGCGGGCUCCAGGCCCAACUCGCUUUUCCAGACCCGGUUCAACAUAAAAUGCAGAUAUGCAGAGGCAAAUGUGAACAAGGACGCCUUCAAUUCCGUUUCCGCCACCAUAGAUGUUGUGGCUGAUGUUAAGCCUGAACGGGUUGUCGUAUUAGGAGGCAGCGGUUUUGUUGGUUCUGCUAUAUGCAAAGCUGCGGUGUCCAAAGGCAUAGAGGUCAUUGGUGUAAGCAGGUCAGGGCGUCCUACUUACUCCGGUUCAUGGAUAGAUCAGGUUAACUGGGUGCCAGGAGAUGUUUUCUACGUAAACUGGGAUGAUGUACUUGUUGGGGCCACUGCUGUGGUUUCAACCAUCGGUGGUUUUGGCAGUGAGGAACAGAUGCAAAGGAUCAAUGGGGAUGCAAAUGUUGUUGCUGUAAAUGCUGCAAAGGAUUAUGGAGUUCCCAAGUUUAUCUUGAUCUCAGUGCAUAAUUACAAUCUGCCUCCAUUUUUACUUUCAUCUGGAUACUUCACGGGAAAGAGAAAAGCUGAAUCCGAGGUUCUCUCCAAAUAUCCCAACUCUGGUAUUGUGCUAAGACCUGGUUUCAUAUAUGGGAAAAGGAGGGUGGAUGGAUUUGAGCUUCCGUUGGAUCUGAUAGGAGAACCAGUGGAAAGAAUUAUGAGUGCUACAGAGAACUUUACCAAACCAUUGAGUUCUCUUCCGGCAUCCGAUCUGCUCUUGGCUCCACCUGUAAGUGUUGAUGAUGUUGCACUUGCUGUAAUCAAUGGAAUCAGAGAUGAUGACUUCUUCGGCAUUUUUACAAUUGCUCAAAUUAAGGAGGCCGCAGAUAAGGUGAGGGUGUGAAUAUCUUUUGGCAUGUAAAAUUAGCAGGUAAGUAAUGCAAACAGGUCUGAGUGUCACAGAACACCUGGUUCUGCAACCCCUUGUUGGGAAGAUGAGGAUAAGUUUGGUUCUGCUGUUGUAAAGACGUGCAAAUUGUUUCUUAAUUGAAUAAAAAAUGUUAGCAACAAGAAUUCCUGGAACUUGCCAUUAGAUUUUGUUCUGGUAUUUCGAAAAUGACUUGCAUCGAAAAGAGAGGCCAGAUAAGACCAUCAAUCCACUAGCAGGCCAAGAGAGCCACAAAAGUAAGGGUUUUGAAGGAUAUUUUUCCAAGAUUUUUCACGCUGUCUACGAAGCACUUCUUAUGCAUUUCUUGUUUCGUGGACAUUCAGGUGUUCCCUUAUAAUUGGGACUUUGGAUUCAGGAGGAAUCUAAAUGAGAGGGAGUUAGCUGAGGUGAUCAAGAUGCUGGACAUUCUUGACGGAAUUAGAUUGUCUCCUUCCAGAUUGGACAGGAGAUUGUGCGAGCUCGAGGGAUCAGGGUCUUUUUCGUGCAAAUCUUUUCGCUCUUUUCUUCUCAACAAUGGGAUGGCAGAGGCCUUUUCCCCUUAUUCUCUAAUAUGGAAGGCCAAAUCUCAUCCUAAGGUUAAAGUUCUUGUCUGGUUGGUGGUCCAUGGGAAAGUAAACACAUCUGAUCAUGUCCAAAGACGAAGACUGUACAUGUAUUUGUCUCCACAUUGGUGUGUUCUAUGCAAAAUGAGUGAGGAAAGCGUGUAUCA